GCCCAGCUGCCGCGCGUCCAUGUGAAUUGUGCGACACGGCCCUCACGUCCUGAGGAAAUCUUUGAAAGUGAUCUUUUUUGUUUAUUUUAUGUAAAUUUAAGAAUCAACUUUAAUGUUCACUUCUUCCGCUGCUGGUUUCUUCUUAGAUAGGCUCACUUUGAUUCUUCUUCGACCAGCUUUAGGAAGGAAUCUGUUUAUUGCCAAAGGUUCAUAGUUACCUGUAAUCUUGAAUGAGUUAGCUUGGCUUAGCAUUUGGGAAGUAUGCUUUUCUCCGCGCUACUUACUUCAGUUGGAAUCAAUCUCGCCCUUUGUUUCGUCUUCUUUGUUUUCUAUUCUGUAUUGAGAAAGCAGCCUAGCAAUGAAGACGUUUACGCUCCUCGGUUACUCGCGGAUGGGGAAUCUCAGGGGAGAGCUCAUUUUGAAUUGGAUAGGUUACUGCCGUCGGCAGGCUGGGUUGCGAGAGCCUGGCGACUCACAGAAAGCGAGCUCUUAUCAGUUUCCGGUCUGGACGCCGUUGUUUUCAUGCGAAUUUUUAUAUUCAGCUUUAAAGUGUUUGCAUUUGCUACAGCAGUUGGGAUCCUCAUUCUCCUCCCCUUCAAUUACAUGGGGAAUCAGCUGAGUCUUGAUUUUACUGACUUGCCUAACAGAUCCCUGGAAUCAUUUACUAUUUCAAAUGUUGAUGAUGGGUCAAACAGGUUAUGGAUUCACUUCUCAGCAGUGUACGUAUUCACGACGUAUGUUUGCUAUCUUCUCUAUGCUGAGUAUGACCAUAUUGCAUCUAAAAGGCUUGCCUUUUUUAAUUCUUCAAAGCCCAAGCCACACGAGUUCACUGUUUUAGUUCGAAGUAUUCCACCAUCCCCAGGGAAGAGCUACACUGAAGUUGUUGAGAGCUUUUUUAUGGAGUACCAUCCUGCUACUUAUCUCUCACACUCUGUUGUCCGGCGGACAAGCAAACUCAAAGGCCUCAUUGAUGAAGCUGAUAAGCUGUACAGGAAACUAGCUCGGUUGAAAACAUUAGACCAUAGUCAAGAAAGAUUUGGCCGUGCUGGCUUCAUGGGGAUCUUUGGGCCUAGAGUUGACCUUUUGGGCCACUAUGAAAUGAAGCUAGAAGAUAUAGAAUACAAAGUUAGAGUGGAACGAUCUUCAAAGGAGGUGCAAGCGGCUUUUGUAUCCUUCAAAACACGAUUUGGGGCAGCAGUAGCUUUAAACAUCAGACAAAGCAGCAAUCCCACUGAAUGGGUUACUGAGCCAUCUCCUGAUCCAGAGGAUGUAUAUUGGCCCUUCUUUUCAGCUUCAUUUUUCAAAAGAUGGAUUUGCAAUGUUGCUGUUUAUACUGCAUGUGUUGUACUUACAGUUCUGUUCCUUAUACCUGUUCUCAUAGUACAAGGUCUUACCCAUCUAGAGCAGCUGGAGAUUUGGUUCCCCUUUCUAACAGGAGUAUUGCGAAUGAAAUUUGUUAGUGAAGUGAUAACAGGAUAUCUUCCUAGUCUUAUCCUUCAGAUGUUUCUCUCUCUAGUUCCGCCUGCUAUGAUGAUCUUCUCAUCCAUACAAGGUUAUAUUGCACUUAGUCAGAUAGAAAGGAGUGCAUGCUUCAAAGUUCUGUGGUUUACAAUUUGGAAUAUCUUCUUUGCAAAUGCUUUAUCUGGGUCAGUUCUUUACCGUGUUGAAGUAUUUCUUGAGCUAAAGAACAUCCCUAGUAUGUUAGCUGUAGCUGUUCCAGGUCAGGCAACUUUCUUCAUUGCCUAUGUUGUAACAUCCGGAUGGACAAAGACCGCCUCUGAGCUUCUUCGGCUAAAACCCUUUGUUUCAAGUUUUUUUAAAAAGAGACUUUGCAACACAUCUAGUGAAGAGUUUGAGGUUCCAUCAAUUUCCUACCACAGUGAAAUCCCACGGAUUCUUUUGUUCGGCGUUCUCGGUGUUACAUAUUUCUUCCUAGCACCUCUAAUGCUGCCCUUUAUUGUGAUUUUCUACUGUCUGGGAUAUGUUGUUUAUCGCCACCAGCUGCUAUAUGUUUAUGCACCAAAGUUCGAGACGGGUGGACAGUUCUGGCCAAUAGUGCACGAUUCAACAAUAUUUUCAUUAAUCCUGAUGCAUGUUAUUGCCAUUGGAAUAUUUGGGUUAAAGAAGCUAUCACUAGCAUCCAGCUUAACCAUUCCUCUUCCAAUCCUCACUCUUAUAUUUAAUAACUACUGCCGGAGAAGGUUCUUACCAAUAUUCAUGGCUUAUUCUGCUGAGAGUUUAAUAAGCAAGGACAGAAGAGAUCGAAAUGACCCAACAAUUUCUGCAUUUUAUGAAGAACUGGAAACAGCAUAUCAAGAUCCAACUCUGAUGCCAGUCUCAUCUUCUAGAAGCAAUGACCACCAAACUGCACCCCUUCUUCACACAACAUAGGCAUAAAAGUGAAAGUCAUGUACUCAAGGUACAGCAAGAUUUAAUAUAGCAACAUGUAAUGUUGGCAUCAUGGCAUAAAAAAGUAGCGCAUAGUCUUAAUCGUUGUAAAAUAUCUGAUGUUUCUUUUGGCUUUUUUUCUUCAACUUUUUUCCUGUGCAUUUUAAUAAUACAUAAAAAGCUUUUCCUUUUUUCGUGUCAUACUCUCAUGUCAAAUAUGAAUUAUGCACUUUAGACUCAUGCCAGUCAUACUCAUUAAUACUCAUGUGUUAACAAAUAACAAGAAUCUUGCAUGUGAUAUAUUGGAAAGAUUUUUUUACCAAGUAAA